GUCCUUAACCGUGAAUGAAUAUAUAAGGAAAUUAAGAAAUUUAUAUGAUGUAUUAUGAAAUGUGAAGAAAGCGAUGAUCUCAGUUUAAAUCAGACUUGAACAGCCAACUAAGAACUCUAGAUUAGAAGAAAUGAUAAGAGGAUUAUACAUAAUAGUUUAAUUCCAUAAUCCUUUCCUCAGAACUAUUCCUUGAUUCUUCAGCCCUUGCCUGACAACAGUUUGCGAUAAAUUCUUAUCACAUUUCUUUGGACCCCCAUCUCCAUCUAUUGAGUUAUUUACUUGAUUCAUUACGAAUGAGUGCAAGAGGUGACUAAAAAUGGCUUUUCAGAAUAAGGGAUUCUCGUCUUAUCCGGAACCACAAGGUAUUUUCACUAUAAAUGGGAACAUUGGACAUGAUGAUAGAGAUGAUGGCCCAAUUUGGUCAGUUGAAAAGAUUAUCAGUGACACGUCGGCUGUACUUAAUGGAAGAUUACGACGAAAUCUAUCAACACAAUCCUAUUACAACAGAGAAUACAAAGAAAUGGAAGACCGGCUUAGUGAAAUGGACCACGGUUGUCCUCCACAUGGCGUUGGCCUGGAGCUGCCUCUACUUGGUCCUCCACGGCGAAGUACUCUUCGGCGGAGGACUCUUCCAGCUCCUUGUGCUGCUCGUGUGUGCGGAGGUCGGGGGUGAGUUGUGCAAGCUUGUCAUGCUGCCGCCUCUUCUGGGGAUGCUGCUGGCUGGAAUACUUCUCAAGACUUGCGGCUUCUUCCAGUUUUAUGGCGUAUACCCUGAUCUCAUAGUUAUUUCUAGGAGUCUUGCAUUGUCAGUGAUACUGAUAAAGGCAGGUCUAGGAUUGAACCCAGCUGUUCUCAAAAGGUUGAAGUUCACCGUACUCAGGUUAGCUGUCGUUCCUUGUGUAUGUGAGGCCUUCGCAGCCGCUAUUGCAGCUAAAUACUUCAACCAGAUCCCUUGGAUAUGGGCUUUUCUUAUUGGGUUUAUUCUAUGUCCAAUAUCUCCAGCUGUGGUUAUCCCAAGCUUGUUAAGCUUGAAAGAAAAAGGAUACGGAGAAGAUAAAGGAAUCGCAACGCUAGUCAUCGCUGCAGCUUCUAUCGAUGACAUUCUGUCCAUUUCAAUCUUCGGAGUCAUCAUGAGUUCAAUAUUCAGGCCAGAGAGUAGUCUUACAAUGUCAAUAUUGCAAGGCCCAUUGGAGCUAAUUGGGGGAUUGGCAGGAGGUUGUGUUUGGGGCUUGAUCUGCGGAUAUCUAGGUAUAUACGAUGCAGAAUGGGAUCAAACUUCACUGUUAGGACUCGGUGGCUUCAUAGCAGUCGUCGGAAGCCACGAGUUUGGUUUCUCUGGGGCCGGACCUCUUGCUGCAAUAACUUCGGCCUUUGUAGCUAACUACGUUUGGACCAAACAUGGAACUGUUUCUGUUGAAAAAAACAAAGUAGCGGAAAACUUUGGUAAAUUGUGGACUAUCGUCCAGCCAGCUCUAUUUGGAUUGAUCGGACCAGAAGUUGACUUCAGUGUAAUAGACGUUUCACUCCUUGGUCAAAGUGCUGCUAUAUUUUUGCUAAGCCUUGUUAUUCGGAUGGCAACUUGUGUAUUGUGCUUAUUAAAAAUUGGUCUUCAAUGGAAAGAAAUGUUGUUUGUGAGCAUUGCUUGGAUACCAAAGGCUACAAUACAGGCUGCGUUAGCUCCUCAGCCUCUCGACCACUUCCGUGGAGAUCCCGAUCACCCUGACCUGCGCAUAGCAAAACUGCUUUUUGCCACUGCGGUGCUUGCUAUUCUUGUGUCAGCACCAAUUGGCUCUAUAGCCAUAUCUCUUACGGGACCAAAACUACUCAAUAAACCCAACAAACCUAAUAAACUGAUUGUUAAUGAAGCUGAAAACAAUGAUAACCAUGAUAGUUAAUAUCAUAAUAACAAUAAAAAACCCAUGACAGUUAAUUUCAUAAUAACAAUGAAAGCCAUGAUAGAUAAUGACUAUUUAUAAAAGAUUUGAAUUUAACAAUAAACUUGGAAUUCAGGAUAUCAUUUGAAUAAUCCAACCACAUCGACUUGUGCUUGCAUUUAGACCAGAGUUUCCACCAUUUUUUUUUUUUAAUUUUCCUUUUUAUCAGUCAGAUUUUUCCGUUAGAAGGAAUUUAAAAAUCCCUUCUUUCCAAUAAUAUACAAAAUAAUAUAUAAUAAUGUUUAAAAAAAUUAAACAGUGCCUGAUAGUACAAGCGAUUUUAUAAAACUAACAUAGACUCAAUUCUUUUCAAAGAGGUACUAAUCAUUAGAAAAAAAAUUACAUGAAGAAAAAAUAUAGAAAAGGAAAAGAAGACGAAUAUAAUUAAUUAUAAAUUAAGAAAAAAAAAUAUUGGUUUAAAUCUUGAAUUGAAAGAUUACAGAAUAAAAAUAUUGAAUUAACAUUAACCAGUAUGGCAUAAAGAUUAAAAUGAACGAAACAAAUUAAAAUGCUGAUAAAAAGGGUUAUUCCAGAUACACAAGAACAACCAACAUGUUAAAUACUUUGAAUCCUCAGACAGUUAAACCAUUCAUAUACUCCUAGACUGAGAACUUCACCAACUCGACAAAUAUUUCCUUAAAUCCGAUAAUUAAAACAAUGGAAAUUACAAUAAGCAAAGUUUAAAAAGAUACAAAUACAGAUGUACAAAACAUAUUUUACAGGAAUUAAAGCUGACCAAAAUAAUGUUGAAUAAGAUAUUCAUAGAAUACUUAUUUUAGUUUAGUUGAGAUUAAUUAACAUAUGUAACAUAUACUACUAUAUUUUUAUUGAAAUGUAUAUAGUUUUUAUUUUAUUUUUAUAUUAAUUUUUAUUUAAAUUAUUAUUAUAUCUUUUUUAUGUUUUUAAUAAACAAAAGAAUGGCAUUUAAUACAUGAUCCAAUAAUAAUACUAAAAUUCAAUAAUGUUAGUUUUAUCUUUGGUGUGAAAUGUUCUACACCAAAACAUAUAUGAUUAUUAUGCACAUAUUUGUAAAUUGUCAUUUGAAUAAAAUUAUUAUUAAUUCUUUUUUUUUUAUAACAUUUAAAAUAAAAAAAUAAUAAUUUUUUUUU